AUGAUCUUGAAAUCUUUCAUUACUGUGUCAAUCAUUGCUUCUUUGCUUCGGUUGACGUAUGGACUCAGUUGCAAUAUAUGCGAAGAUUGGGCUGCAGGUUGUCAUAGAAUAGUGCAGCGUUCUAGUUUCGAUACUUGCAUAACGACUACAGGAACAUGUACAAUAGGAAGUGUCACUGGUUCAUAUACAGUUUUGUCAGCCGGUACGCUUUCGGUAUGUAAUGAUACUGAAAUAUGGACAGAAGAUAUUCCAGCAUUUCCAUGGUAUCCAUCCGAAUUACUUGACUCCACUUUUGUUACCAACUUGCAUCAAUGGGGUUUAAACGUUGUUCGACUUGGAAUAAUGUGGGCUGGAGUCGAACCACAACGUCAACAAUAUAACGUAACCUAUUUGAAUAUAAUGAAACAAAUUGUUGAAUUACUUGAAUCGAAUAAUAUCUAUGUUGUAUUGGAUAUGCAUCAAGAUGUAUUGAGUAGUCGAUUUGGAACCUACGAUGGCAUUCCAUUAUGGUUGUACGAUCGAUUUCCGCCCCCAAAUCAUGCUUAUCCUUUUCCACUGUCAUCGACUCCAUCGGAUAACAAUUGGGCUUUAGGUUAUGUGACAGAGGCUUGUUCGCAUGGAUUUCAAUGUUUGUAUGACAAUGUGGAUGGUGCUGUUGAUUCGAUGAGUGACUUUUGGCGUUUAAUAGCUACGACAUUUGGUCAUUACCCAAAUGUACUUGGAUAUGAAUUAAUCAAUGAACCUUGGAUUGGAAAUUAUUUCGUCAAGCCAACUUUACUCUUUCCCGGUAUUUCUGGUUCAAAAAAUUUGUUACCAUUCUAUGAUAAACUUGCCAAGGCUAUUCGAACCGUCGAUAUAAAGACACUCAUCUUCUACGAACCGAUUACUUAUAGUGAACGACUCAGCGGUCAAAUUUUUGGUAGCGGAUUUUCUCAUGUACCAGGCGGCAUAGAUUAUCAAAAUCGAAGUGUUCUCUCUUAUCAUUACUACUGUACGACCUUAGCAAUUAAUCUCGUUCCAGGAAAUGAAAAUAUACCCAUUUUUGAUCGAGUGCUCUGCAAUAACAUCGAAGGACCAGCUGUUUUUCGUUCAGUAAAAAAUGAGAUUCGUCGAUUGGGUGGCUCUGGAUUUCUGACAGAAUUCGGUGGAUGCGAUGGUUCAUCGGCCUGCGAUAAUCAACUUGAAGUGGGUGCUACCAUCCAAAUAUCACUUGAGCUUUCACCACGAUUCUUUCGUUAUGGCUACGGAACACCAUUGUAUCAUGCAAUAAAUGGUGGUCGACAUCUUCUAUUUGGUUCAUAUUCACGUUUUGGCAUUAAUGUUGGAGUAUUCGUUAUUUAUCUUGGUGUGAUGAUCAUAUUCACCGUUUUAACCUAUUAUCUUCUGGACCAAAAAGCAUCAACAUGA